AGUAUCUAGCGCUAAUACAGAGAGAGCAUCAUGAUCGUAGUUUUGGCUGCUGCCGCGGCCAUCUUCCUGCUCGUGUGCGGGGCUGUCUUCUUGUACAGCUCGCCGAGCAUCGUGUACGGUGGCUUCUUCGCCUUUGCUAUUGGCGCCCUCCUCGCGGGCAUGUCGUUAUCAGCCGUGUUUUCCACCUGUGCUAACCUGCUUCUUGUCACGCUGUCCCGCUACGAACUGGCGCCGUCGCCACCGGUGGUGUUCCUGCGCAGUUUCCUGGCCGCGAUGGGCCAGCCGACCUUAACAGGCAUCAUCGCCCUCUCUCUUGUAGCGCUCAUCGCCAUGGCAGCCUCCAAGGUGCGGCUGAUGGUGGAGGAGAUGGAUGUGCUCCUCCGCUGCCAUGCGGCCUUCGCAGCGCGCAGUGAGCAGGCAGGCCAAUGA